AUGCUUGGAACGUUACUUCUGAGCUUUAUCAUUGCAUUUUCGACAUGGUUCAUUAUACAACGCAAGAGACGGCUGUCGUUCUUCAAGAACCUCGGAAUCCCAGGACCUACUCCAAGCUUUCUUUCAGGCAACCUGUCUGAACUGGUACAUCAGGGGCCACUGGUUAUAUGCAAGGAAUGGUUGGAGAAAUACGGAGACAUCGUAGGUUUCUACAACGGUGCUCACCCGUUCCUUAUCGUGAAGGACCGUGAGCUAAUCAAGAAGAUCCAGAUAAAGGACUUCAACCAUUUUCAUUCCCGAGGGAUGUCGUCAGGCUUCGAGCGGAGCCAUCAGAUUCACAAGCAAAACCUCGCAAACGUGGAGGGUGAUCGCUGGAAGAGAACCCGCAGCCUUCUCACGCCAGCGUUCACGACGAGCAACAUGAAGAAGAUGGUCAGCCUAAUGAAUGACAGCGCCAACGAGUUCAUCAGUGUCAUUGGAUCGAUGCGGACCAAACACGAAACACUCGAAUGUCGCGAGCUCUUUGAAAGGAUGACGGCUGACGUCUUCAUUCGAUCAGCCUUCGGUCUCAAAUCCCAUCUACAGCGGUUGGAUCGAACGAAGAGCAUUACGGAGUCAUUGUUUCAGCAGAGCUUCAACGUCUUCCAACAAUUUCGUCGAUCGUGGAUACAUUUUCUUACGGCUUGUUUUCCAGAGUUUACCCCCGUUUGGAAACUGAUUAUAUCGUACCAUUCACGGCAUAACAAGGCUCCGAUAGACAAGGUUAUUCACGCAAUCACAUCCGUCGUACAGUUCCGUCGUGUAAACCCCGAGAAUGCCAGAUGUGAUCUUCUGCAGCUGCUGCUCAAUGCUGAAGUGAAGGCAGAGGAUCCUGUCAACGUGCAUUCGCUCGCGGCAUCCGAUGGUGAUGAUAAUGCGUCUGAAGGUAAUAACACCUGCCUCCUUAAGCUUGUAGGUGUAAACAACAGUGACAAGAGAGUCCUGACAAACGAGGAAGUUGUGGCGAAUGCCUUCAGUUUCUUCAUAGCGGGGUUCGAGACCACGGGCUCAUCUUUGGCUUUUCUAUCAUAUCUUCUGGCGAAACACCAAGACAUUCAAGACCGACUGAGAGAAGAAGUCGUUGCUGUCUUAAAGAAAGAUGGGGACUUCACGUACGACAACUUCAGCAGCAUGAAUUACAUGGACCAAGUGAUGUCUGAGUCCAUCCGCCUAUUCACGCCGAUUAUUGGUUUCCUUACGAGGAGAUGCGCAGCGGACUACAUCCACAAGGGUAUAGUCAUACCUGCUGGAACCAGCAUCCUUAUUCCAAAUCUUCUCAUGAGCCGUGACCCAGCCUUCUGGAAGGAACCAGAAAAAUUUGACCCUGAAAGAUUCAGCCCCGAAAACAAAGCUCAGAUAGAUCCCUCGGUGUACCAACCUUUUGGUCAAGGCCCUCGAAACUGCGUCGGUAUGCGAUUCGCUCAGCUCGAGAUGAAACUUACCAUGGCCAAGCUACUGGCGAAAUACAAGCUUUUUCUGGACGACCGUCAUAUUAAGGAAAAAGACUUGGAGCUCGAAUCUACAUUCAACAUGGCUUUCCCCAAGUUCGGCGGCAUAUGGCUCAAGGUCGAAGAACUUUUAUAA